AUGCUCGCGCACCUCCGCGAAAUCCUCUCGCUCCUCUUCCGUUGCGCGCGUGCUGUCGCUCUCCUCUUCCUCGUGCUGCUGUCCGACGCGGUCUGCUUUCCGCCCGCCGCCCGCGCCGUGCGGCUGUGGGAGGAGUGGUUCUGCCGCCUCGAGGACCGCGUUCAGCUCGCUGACAGCCAUGGCGCAUCGCCUCUGCGGCCGAUGUGUCUCCUCCACCUCUCCGCCGCCAAAUCCGCCGCCUUCCCCGCCGCAACUCACGCUCUCCAAUCACACCUCUCCACCGCAACCAGCACGACCAGCCCCUCCGCGCAUAAUCGCUCAUCCCCCGCCGCCGCCGUCUCCGCGCAUAAUCGCUCAUCCCCCACCGCCGCCGUCUCCGCGUACAGUCGCUCAUCCCCCGCCGCCGCGGCGCUCCGUAGCUGUCGCCCGACGGCCAAUUACCCGCCGCCACGUGGCGCCAAGGCGUGGUGGUACCAGCCGUGGCUGGCGCAUUCCGCCGUCACCGGCGCGCGCAGGCUGUUCCCCGCAGCGAGGGGAGCGGGAGGGCCGGGGGGAGCAGGCGCGGGGGGGAGACGCUACGUGGGGACGGUUCCGCCCGCAGCUGGCGGGAGGGGAGUGGGCGUGACGAGAUGCGAGGGAGGGGGCGCCAUGUACACGUGGCCUGAUCCGACGCGGCCGCGUGUGUGCGUGCUAGGGGGUGGCUUCGGCGGGCUGUACGCGGCGUUGCGGCUGGACUCGCUGCUGUGGAGCGACGAGCGCCGCCCGCAGGUGCUGCUGGUGGACCAAUCAGAGCGCUUCGUCUUCAAACCGCUGCUCUACGAGCUGCUCUCGCAAGACGUGACGGUGUGGGAGAUAGCGCCCAAGUUCACGGAUGUGCUGAGGAGCACCCAAGUUGCCUUCCUGCAGGAUGGCGUGCAGGCAGUGCACGUGACCAACGGCGGGGCUGCCUCUGCUGCUGACGUGGCAGGAGAUACAGGUGGACGCGUGCGAUUGGCUUCUGGAGUGGAGGUGGAAUACGAUUGGCUGGUGUUGGCGUUGGGAGCGCAGACCAACAUGGCCUUCGCGCCAGGCGCCAAGGGGCGAGCUCUACCCUUCAGCACUCUCGACGAUGCUCUGGCAGUGGACCGGCGGCUGCUGCUGCUGGAGAAGCGGUGGCAGGCAGCCAAAGAAGCCGGGGAGGACCCACCGCCAAUCCGAGUGGUGGUGGUGGGGGCGGGCUAUGCGGGGGUGGAGCUCGCCUGCACGGUGGGGGAGCGUCUGGGCAGCAAGGGGCGCAUUGAGAUCAUCGACCCUGCCCCUGCUGUGUGCCCCGCUGCUGCUCCUGGCAACAGACGCGCUGCAGAGCGGGCGCUCAAGGAAAGGGGAGUGCACGUGCGCCUGGGCAACAAGGCGGACGUGGAGGAGAGCCUGAGAGUGAAGGGGCUCACGAGGGUGUUCGCCCUCGGGGAUGCUGCGUGCGUGCCGGAUGGCAAUGGGCGCCCACUGCCCGCCACAGCUCAGGUGGCAUUCCAGCAGGCGGACUAUGUGGGGUGGAACAUCUGGGCGGCCAUCAACAACCGCCCCCUGCUGCCCUUCAGGUACCAGCAUUUGGGCGAGUUGGUGCUGCUGGGGUCCAAGGAUGCAGCAGCGUCGGUGGGCUUCAUUGAUGACUUCCUCAUCGAGGGGCGAGCAGCGCACACAGCACGCAAGCUAGCGUACCUGUACCGGUUGCCAACCAAUGAGCACAGGGCUCGUGUGGGGGUGAGCUGGCUGACACGUGCCAUUGUGGAUGGCAUCUCAGAGGCACAGAACCUCCUGGCAGGUGCCACCAAGGGUCAAGGGGACAAAAAAUGA